AUGCCUGACUUUACCAUGGGAGCUGAGGUCCUGGUCCCAGGCAUGAUGACCUGUUCCCUGAAGCACCUGCGGGAGAAAUCCCUGGUUGCUCCCCUGGAUACUGAGAUCUCUCAGACCGAGAAGGUUGCCCUCAUCACUGGCAAGGCUAAGUCUCAGGUUACAACUAAAAAUGUUCCUGAUGACCUCCUGGAGAAGACAGAGAAAAAGUCUGAGGAGAAGGCUGCUGUCUCUGAACAUCUUUCCCUGGCCUUACUGCCUCCUGAAGCCAUACAGCUUGUGGCAACUGGACACGUCGCUGAUGUCCGUGCUGAAAAAGCUCUGGUGAAGGCUGAAGCCAAGGAGUUGGUUAUGGACGGCCUGAAAACUGCAGCUUGCAAAGUUGUGGAGGACCUCAUAGCAGCAGCCAAUGAAAUGGUUGGCAUGGAUGCUCCCCUGGAUACUGAGAUCUUAUCAUCGUCUGGACGAACUGAACCAGAGUCUUUAGCCCUGACCGUGCCUGACUUCACCAUGGGAGCUGAGGUCCUGGUCCCAGGCAUGAUGACCUGUUCCCUGAAGCACCUGCUGGAGAAACCCGGAGAGAUGGUCCAGCAGUCUCUGGCUAAGCUAACCAUACAAUUCAGUAACCUUGGCCUUGUCUCUGUUGUGGGAAAGAAGGCUGUGGCAGCCACAUGUGAAAUGUAUAAUCUUGUCAUGAGAGUGGUUUCCAUCUUCCUAUCCCAUUGUGGCAACUGCUCCUGGCACAUCUUGUCCUCAGUUACAGUUAUAAUUGCACGGGACAAAAUGGCCGCUGUGCUUCGGUGCUUCACAGAAACAACCAAGACCUUCAACCAACUGGGCUUCAACAGCACCUUCUUCCAGUUGAAGCCUGUGGUCCAGGCGGUGGUGACCUAUCUGGGAAAGAUUUACCAAAGCAAAAUGGCUGCUGCCUUCAAGUGCCAGCUACCCCUGGCUGAUGAUUAUUCCUCUGAGCUUCGUGAGGAGGAAGAGUUUUGUGGGAAGAUCGAGGCACCCAUCAUUGUUGAGGAGGUCCCCAGUGAGCUCCUGGGGAAGGUGGUGGACUCAGAGCAGAAAACAAUUCUGUCUGACCUCUCUUACUGUCACAGGCCUAUCCUGGCCAAACAGCUGAAAGAAGAGCUUGCUGCAGCUGAAUACAUCAUUUAUUAUGAUGUUCCUGAUGAACUCCUGGAGAAGACAGAGAAGAGCUCUGGUGAAGGCUGA